ACUAAACGACGAAUUGAGUUUUUUCUUUCACAGUAAUGAAAGACUUUGGCAAUAUGUUAUGACCUUGUAAGGGAGAUGUCAAUAUCUGGAAAAAGACACAAUAAGGUUGAUGUAAAAAAGCAUAUGCAGCUAUUAAUGGCUGUUUUACUGGAUGGAGAAACCUUAUGCUAUUAGAAUUUAUAUAAAGGCAGAAUACAGCUGCAGUUCAUACCGUGGUAUUUGGAAAUGAAGUCAAUAUUAAGCUGGCUGAAUCGCUUAAUCAAUCAAAACAUUGUAGAGUCAGUGUCGGCAGAGAUAAGACAUGAUUUUUCAACAAUUUUUAGCACUUUUAUAUGAAAAAUAAGAAAACUUACUUAUUUAAAACUUCUACUUGCGAAUGUUUUUUGCUUUGAAUUUAGUAUUCUCUGAUAAUUUAAAUAUGUGGUUACAACUUCAAUAUCAAAAUAGCACAACUACUGCAUAUCGGACGAGAUCUAUUGUCAAAGCUACAACAAAAAGCGAUGCAUUGCAUUUUCCAAUGGUUUUUAUUGAGCUCCAGUUUUUCCCUACAAUGUGUUUUUCAUUUCUUAGCCGAGAAGAAAACAAAAAUCUCCAGUGUUUUUCCAUGAUUUUUGAAUGAAAAGAAAUCCUAUUUCAAUUGUUUCUCGUGUGGCUUUAAAAUGAGAAAAUAACAAGAACGUUCUCUUAACACUUUCUUCACAGGUAAUAUAGUCAUAUUCGAAAAUUAGUUCUGUUAUUAUACAAAACCUUGGCUACGUUUUCACCAAGCGGCAAGAUGCAAAUACCUGCAACGGAGACAUUAAUUUCACUCACAGAUUACUACCAAUUGACAGUAUCGAUCUAACAAACACAACAUUGAACCACUCAUUAAAAAAUUGUCGAAUAUUUCAUGGGAGUUCAUUCAUGUUAAUCGAUUAUUGACUGAUGGUCGUACUUUUCAUCCUUACUGAUUAUCUAUGAAUAAUUUAAGCAUAGUACAAAUCAUAUUGCGUAUUUGUCUAGUUAAUAAUAAUCUUAAGACUGAGCCUAGAAAAAAGCUACCUAAUCAAGUUUAAGUCAGCUUUUAUCCAUUCCAACAAUUAAUAUUGACUAUUUUCACAAAAAAUAUAGCACAUGUCAUCGUCCAUUAUCAAUGAAAAUUAGUUCUUUUGCUCUUUGCAUCAAUAAGAAAAGAACGCUCUAAUGUGCACAAGAUUCUAUUUUCUUUAAUACUUUUCACGAGAACCUCAUUUAAAUAUAAAGACACAUGUUCGCAUCUACUCUUGCCUUAGCUUCCUUCAUCGAAAUACGAACCACAGUUAUUCAUGCAAAAAAACACACAUCGACAGCCUUGUCGGUGUUUAAACCAUCAUAUGGGUAUAUCUUUUGACACAAAAAUUCAAUAACUACUAGGAAAUCAUAGUAUGAAGAUAAAACAUUUAUUCCUUUUUCAUAAAUUGUCUAUACACGCACUAGACGACACACACUUGCUAUGACAAAAAAAAUCCUGCUCAACAGACUCUAAAAAUGCAGCGGAUCUGAGAGCAUAGUUUCCGAAAAAGCCCCAUUUCGCACGAUGUAUCCACUAAACUCUAUGAAGACUCAAUUAAAUAUUUCUAUAACAUAUAAACUUGAAAAAUAAUACUCAGAUAAGCCUAAAAAUAAUCAAAAUUCAAUUUGAUUAUUAAAAUUGUCCACAAAACCGGGGAAAUUCAUGGAUUUUUAAUUUGAUUUUGCCGAAAAUAAAUCCUUUAUUCACCUUCAAGUGACAAAACUAGCAUAGUCUUGUAGAGUUUGACGAACUGAACAUUUUUGGUAGCGAGCAUGAAUCGAGAAAACUUUAAGAUAUGCCCGAAAAUUUGUUGUUAAUGUACGCAGCAAAAAUAAAGAGUAUUCUAGAUUCAACUCCACCAUAGGAAUCGCCACCUGGCGACUACUAUGCCGCUUGCAAGUCCGGAUAAAGGAGGAGCGUUAGACGGAAGGGGUGCAGAUACCGCCGUCUGGAAAAAGAAAAGACGACAGAAACCAACCAUGAAUGAUAGAAAUCACAAAUUAUACCGGCUCGGACGUCGCCAGAGUGAACAAGGUCCGCGUCCUCUGUUGGGGAACCAGGACAGAGUCGAAAAAUUGGCCACUGGAACAACCACAACCACAACCGCAAUCAUGAGCACAACAAACAAUUCAAGAACAAACGCAACAUCAAUUCUUCCAGCAACAACAAACCAAGUAACAACAAUAAAUUCAGCAGAAAGGUCAACAAUAGCGAAUGCAACAGCGAAUGCAACAACAACAAAUUAAACAACAGUGAGCGCAAUAGCGAAUUCCACAACAGCGAAUUUAUCAACAAUAGAUUCAACAACAGCAAAUGGAACAGCGAAUUCAACAACAGCAAACGGAACAGCGAAUUCAUCAACAACAAAUUCAACAACACCAAGUGCAACAACGAGUCAAACAAUAAAUUUAGCACCAGCAAAUGCAAUGACAAGCAAGCUGAACAUCACGAAAGACAUAUUCACCGUCGGAACCUGGAAUGUAAAAACAUUGUGGGCAACGGGGAAACUCGAGCUGCUACGAAAUGAAAUGAAACGGUACAAAUAUGAUGUUAUUGGCAUAUCAGAAGUUCGUUGGACAGGAAAAGGUGAAACAUCAAGCGGCGACUUCAUCUAUUCAGGAGAAAGCAACACACAUACCAAAGGUGUUGGAAUCCUGCUUAGUGCAAAAGCGAGAAAAUUACUUCUGUGCUACAAUCCAAUCGACUCCCGAAUAAUCACGGCAAGAUUCAACGCAACACCAUUCAACGUAACAAUAAUUCACGUUUAUGCUCCGACAGCCGAAUCAUCGGAAGAUGAGAUCGAGUCGUUCUAA